GAGAAUCCGAUCUGUCGGCCAGCUCCUCCGGGAAGCAUUGCUUCCCUGUCACUCUGCUGUGAUCAAACACAAGAACAGGCUGAGGCACAGGGCACCAGAGCCACACAGAGAGCGGCACCACCAUAGCGCCUGCUCUGCUCUCCUCCGUCCUUGCACUGAGGAUCCUAGCCGCUGUGUGGGAGCAGGGACCCUGAGCUCACUUCUGCCAGAUUGUUCUGCCAUCCCGGGAUGCAGAGGCUGGAUGUGAUGGAGGAGUGAAAGGGAAGAGAUUUCUCCGGGAAGGACAAAGCCGAAGGGGCGAGCGAGGUUGUUGGGGAGUGCGGGAUGACAGAGGAGCCGCUGAAGGAGAUGCCAGCACUGGCCCCUGUCCCAGAGAAGGGCUCCGGGGAUUGCCCGCUCCCAGCAGCCGCUCAGUCCCUGAGCAGCCAGGGUCAGCUGGCGGCAGCUACCGGCGGAGCGGAGCUCUCCUGCUCCCGGUGUACGGUGCCCUUUGGCCUGGUCACUCUGAUCGCUGGGAUGGUGGUCACUGCUGUCGCCUACAGCUUCAACUCGCACGGCUCCAUUAUCUCCGGCUUCGGGCUGGUGCUGCUGACUAUGGGGGUGCUCCUGGUGAUCUCCAGUGCGGUGUGUUGGAAGGUGAGACAGUGCCGAAAGCGGGCUCAUAGGAGAGAGAGUCAGACUGCACUGAUGGCGAACACAGGAGUGUUGGUCUAACAGACAGACUAGACCACACCAUGGAGACCAAACCAGUUAGCCUGGGACCUCAAACCUGUGCACCCAAACCUUGGAGAUUGAUAACGACAAUAUCUGCGUGGAUUUGUUCUGCAGCUUUGAUUGGAGCUGAUUUACUCUAUCACUUCAAACCUCAGCAAUUCAUCGACAGCAAACCUUCAAGAACAGGAGAGCAAUCAUCUUUCUGACUUUCUCUGGAGCCUUUGGUUUGACCUGUUCAAGUCAACUUGUAGCAGGACAGGUGAUUGAAAGACAGAAACACCUAAAUGUGGGGAUUGAAAUGGGUGAUUCUCAGCAUGUCCACGAUAACAAACUGAAGACUGCACUAACUGUGGUAUUAAAAAUGAUUUUAUUGCUAAUUUAUUGCCAGCUCUAAGCCAAACCCUGUCAACAGCUUUUCGGGUUGUUCCGAGUCAAGAAAAGUUUAAACAAGGAAAAGCUUCUUUUCUCCCCAGGAUGCUGCCUGUCCCGCUGUGAUCUCCAGCAGGUGUUGUCCUCAUCUACCUUUAGCUUGCAUGCUGCCUGCUACUUUUCCAGUUGUCCUUCCCAGCUGGGUUCAUUCCUUCUACUAGUAAUGUUCUUUCUUAUUCUCCUUUUACAGUCUGGCUAUUGUCCCAUUCUGGUCCGUCUCAUUCUAAACACCCACUGAAUGAAUUUCUGUUGGUAAUGUUUGUACCACAAUUUAAUUUAUAAACUAUAACUGAUUUUAGGAAUGAGGAAAAAUGUAACAUCUUCAUAUUCUCACGCAAAGCCUCUUCAUCUAAUCUGAAGCAUAUUGGUAUUUGACAAUUUUAUUUCAAUGUUUGGAACAA